ACUUAAUGCUAGAGGAGAAAGAUUCAGCAACAGAAAUCCAAAGGAAAGAAAAGAAAUUAAGAACUCCUAAAAUGGAAAGAUCUCAUGAUAAAGUAACAGAUGAAAAUAUUAUGCCUGAAGAUCAAGAUUCAGUGUCAAAAACCCAAGAGCAAACAGAGAAAGAAAAAAGUUCUGAAGAAGAAAGACUCAGUGGAUCAGAUAAGUCUACUCAUCAAGACUCAAUGUCACAACUCCAACUGCAAGAAACAAACAAAAAAACUCCUGGAAAAGGAAGGCGCAAUACUCAUUUUGUAGUACGAGAUGAAAAUCUUACAUCUGUGCAAGAUUCAAUGCCAAAAUUUCAAACACUAGGAAAGAAACAAAUAACUGAUGAACAAAGAAGACGCAAUACACUUCCUUUGGAAAUCCGGAAAAAGAAUAUACCGCUUGAACAUCUAUUGCCUGAUGAGAAAGUUUUAUUAUCAAGAAGCCAAUCUCAAACUAAGAAAAUUCGAGCUGUUAGAAAGGACAGUGUCAAUAGUCAGAAUAUGAAUGAGCUCCCAGGAAAGAGUUCUACACUUGAAGAUGUGGAAUCAGGUAAAGGGUACAGGGAUCAAAAACAAACAAGUGAAGCUGAUGUACAUCAGGAAUUGAAUGUUUUAAAAGAAGAAGCUUCAGAACUUCAAGAUACAACAGAAAAUCUUACAGAUUUGAAUCUAUCAAUUAGUGACCUAAUUGUUAAAUUAGAUUUAAACAAAGUGGUUGAGACUGAUAUAGAUCACUUGAAAGAAGCUUCUGAAAGACCUUUAUUAAUAUAUGAAUCUAAGACACAAGUAAAGACUAUCCCUGGGAUGAAGGCAAAACAAUUGACAGAUACAAUUGGAAGAGGUAUAACAUUAGAUGAAUUCAGGAAACAAUCACUGGCUCUCAAUGAAACUGAUGUAAAAAACUUAAUAGAAGCCUAUGAAGAAAAUCUAACAGUGGAUCCAACCAAGAUACAAUUAAAGAGUCUUACAGAGAUUUAUAAAACCAUCUCGUCCAAUGAUACUAGAAAAGGUUCGAUAAAGGGGCCAAGCAAGACGCAAUCAAGGAGUCAGCUAGGUAUGAACUUAUUUAAAAACAAAGAUAUGCUCAUGAAACAGCAAGAUAUUCUUUAUACCAGGGACAUCACACCAAGUCAAUUCCCUACAAAAGUCAUCAAUGUAUCACCCUUUGGAAGUAGAGAUGAAGUCCUUGAGAACUCUACUUCCUCUAUAACUGAACUUCCAAGAGCAAUUCAUAGACCAUCUAACGCUGGUACAACGCUUUCCAAGAAUAUCCAGUUUCCUUUACUGAAUACAGCUGCUUCAGGGAACCCCAAAACUAUGAUCAUAAAACAAAAACCUGUUGUACCUGUAAAUACUCUGCCUACUGUGACCAAGGCGACUAAAAUAUCUACCCAUAAAGAUAUAUCUAUUGAAAAAUCUGUACAUCGUCCAUACCUUUUGAAAAUGAAGGAAAUUCUGGAAAAGCUAAACAACAAGAACCAAUAUAGGACACAAUAAUGAAAAUUGCAAGUAUGGAAGCCUUUUGAAAAUAACACUGACUUGUGUGGAUGGUGGUUAUUGAAAAAUAUUGAAAAAUACCCUGGAUUA